AUGGCGGCGGAGGCGGCGGUGCCGGCGCUCCCCGGCGGCGGCGGCGGGCCCGCGGGGGCGCCGUCGGGCUCGGUCCCCGUGCUCUUCUGCUUCUCGGUCUUCGCGCGGCCCUCGGCCGUGCCCCACGGCGCCGGCUACGAGCUGCUCAUCCAGAAGUUCCUCAGCCUGUACGGCGACCAGCUCGACAUGCACCGCAAAUUCGUGGUGCAGCUCUUCGCCGAGGAGUGGGGCCAGUACGUGGACCUGCCCAAGGGCUUCGCCGUGAGCGAGCGCUGCAAGGUGCGCCUCGUGCCGCUGCAGGUGCAGCUCACUACCCUGGGAAAUCUUACGCCUUCAAGCACCGUGUUUUUCUGCUGUGAUAUGCAGGAAAGGUUCCGACCAGCCAUCAAGUAUUUUGGGGAUAUUAUUAGUGUGGGACAAAGAUUGUUGCAAGGGGCCCGGAUUUUAGGAAUUCCAGUUAUUGUAACAGAGCAGUACCCUAAAGGCCUUGGAAGCACUGUUCAAGAAAUCGAUCUAACGGGGGUAAAGCUGGUACUUCCAAAGACCAAGUUUUCCAUGGUGUUACCAGAAGUGGAAGCGGCCUUAGCAGAGAUUCCUGGAGUCAGGAGUGUUGUGUUAUUUGGAGUAGAAACGCACGUGUGCAUCCAGCAAACAGCCCUGGAGCUGGUCGGCCGAGGUAUUGAGGUUCAUAUCGUUGCUGACGCCACCUCAUCGAGAAGCAUGAUGGACAGGAUGUUUGCUCUCGAGCGUCUUGCUCGGACUGGGAUCAUAGUAACGACCAGUGAGGCCGUGCUGCUGCAGCUGGUGGCUGACAAAGACCAUCCGAAGUUCAAGGAAAUCCAGAAUCUGAUCAAGGCCAGUGCUCCGGAGUCGGGCCUGCUUUCCAAAGUCUAG